UUUUCAAAAUACCCGAUCUCUCAAGGGAUCAAGUUAGAGAACUUAUAAAACGGAAUCAAUGCAGGAGUCGUCUCAGUUUUAAUUCAAUGACCGAGUCUAUACUUUCCCAAAAAUAGGGUUAUUUCAGAGAAUCUAGAUGUUCAAGAAAAAUUUCGAGCAUUUAAGAGUUUAUUCAGUGUAUCAAAUUCGAAAACCAAACACUUAGAGGCCAAAAAUUCUUCAAGCAAGAGAAAAUUAACUAGGACAAAAAGCCAAAGCCCAUUUAAAAAUGAAAUUUUGAAGAAGGUUUUGCUGGAGCAGCCCCCAUCGAGCAAGGAGACGAUCCAUCUAUAAACAAAAUGGACGAUCGAAGUAGUUGAAGAGAAUUUUUUACUAAAACUUCAUGAAAGCACAACUCAAGGUUCAAGAAAUCUUUAAAGAAUUUAUUAAACCUCGUAUUGAAACGUCAUCAGAAAGCUAAAUGUCCUUCAAAACCUUUUGUGGUACUCAGACCUAGUCUUGUGAAAAGCAAGACGAGAGCUAGUGAGACUUAUAUUAUACCCUAUUCUAAUUCCUCAAGGCCUCGGGAAUUUGUUUCUCGAAACGAUUUCGUAAGCCUGAAGCCUUAUUGUACCUCUAAACCUCCGCUUUAGUUGAUAAAAAUAUAAAAAC